CUGAGGCCGGGGGAAGUGAAUGGUUUUACCCAGAGGGCCGUGCGCCGCCUUUCUCCGCUGGCCCCGGCGCGCCCGGCAGCUCCUCCCCGGCCAUGGCGUUCACUUUCGCGGCCUUCUGCUAUAUGCUGGCGCUGCUGCUCACCGCCGCUCUCAUCUUCUUCGCCAUCUGGCACAUCAUAGCAUUUGAUGAGCUGAAGACUGAUUACAAGAACCCUAUAGACCAGUGUAAUACCCUGAAUCCUACAGUUGAAAAGGUCAAAAAGAUUAAAAGAGUCAAAAUUGCACUAAAGCUUGUCCUUCCAGAGUACCUCAUCCAUGCUUUCUUCUGUGUCAUGUUUCUCUGUGCAGCAGAGUGGCUCACACUGGGUCUCAAUAUGCCCCUUUUGGCAUAUCAUAUUUGGAGGUACAUGAGUAGACCGGUGAUGAGCGGCCCUGGACUCUAUGACCCGACUACCAUCAUGAAUGCAGACAUUCUAGCCUACUGUCAGAAGGAAGGAUGGUGCAAACUAGCUUUUUACCUUCUAGCCUUUUUUUACUACCUAUACGGCAUGAUCUAUGUUUUGGUGAGCUCAUAGAACAACACAGAAGAAUCGGUCCAGUUAAGUGCAUGCAAAACGCCGCUGAUGAAGGGAUUCUAUCCAGCAAGGUCCUGUUCCCAAGAGUAGCCUGUGGAAUCUGAUCAGUUACUUUAAAAAAUGACUCCUUAUUUUUUAAAUGUUUCCACAUUUUUUGCUUGUGGAAAGACUGUUUUCAUAUGUUAUACUUGGAUAAAGACUUUAAAUGGAAUUACGUAUAAAUUAAUAUAAAAUGAUCACCUCUGGUGUUGACAGGUUGAACUUGCACUCUUAAGGAACAGCCAUAACCCUCCGAGUGAUUUCAUUAAUUACUGACUGCCCUGACUCCUUUGGGAGCGUGGUUUAGAGGGCUCGUUGCGCUCCAAGAUAAAUUAGUGUAGAUACGAGGUGCUUCUGGUGAACUGAAAAUGUAUGUCUGACUCGUGGGGAAGGCCGUGGGCUUCCGCACUGAUCGCUGUAGAUGAUUAUGUACAGGCAUGACAGUAGGAAGAGUGGGAUUUCCUUCCCUGUCGACUUGAAUAGUAUCCCUGUAUAUUGCAUGAGAGAGGGGUCUCCCUCCUUUCCAUCAGAGUAAUACACUUGCUUUAAUUCUUAAACAUAAGUGAUACAAACAUAAGCUGAAUUUCCUGUAAAGAAUGCAUUUAAAGCAAUUUUAAAUGUAUUUUUAUUUGUAAGACAAUUAUUUACUAAGAAAUUGGUUAUACUAUGCUUACUCUUCUAAUCAAUCCAGUGGUCAAGGUAUUCUUAAGAAUUUGCAAGUACUUUAGAUUUCCAAAGUGGAUGAGAGAACUGUGUAACCACCUGCUGUUCCUUCGGUGCAACCCAAUAAACUCUGAGAUGAAGAUGCUUUCCGGUGCGUUGUUUUCAAGAUCACCAGCGGCUGUUCCUCAUGCUCAGUCAGUCCAUCAUAAUAAAAGACAUAAUGUCAUUUUAAAAUUUAAUCACCAUAUUGUGUGUUUUCUUAAAACAAUACUUCUGAAUCCAAAGUCUGAAGAGUUUUGAACAGACAGGCCCAUCACUGUUCCAUCUGGGGGAGUCCUCCCUCUGCAGACACAGGACCAUCAUCCUCUCUCGGAUCUCUGGUACAGACAGGCCCAUCACUGUUCCAUCUAGGGGAGUCCUCCCUCUGCAGACACAGGACCAUCAUCCUCUCUCUGAUCUCUGGUACAGACAGGCCCAUCACUGUCAUUGGGGGGAGUCCAGGCAGUUGACGUAAGAUGCUCGUGUUGUGCUUUCCUGUAAUGCCCUUCACCUUAGCCAGUUCUCUAGCUCCCAGGAGUCUCCCCGUUGUGCCUGUCUUCUUGUGUCACAUAUGGAGCAGCAACUGGUCCUUGUAGAUUCUUCUGCGUUAGGCCUUCCGCAGCAAAUGCCUGCUGAGCUGGCUGUUGAAUAGUGCUGUAUCAUGCCAGCAGGCUCUUUGAGGCUGAGUUAAAGGGAAAGUGAUGGGAAAUGACAUUCUAAGCCACUUUUAACGUGUAUUUGAGCAUUAGUAACUGAAGUUUCACUUACACAAUGACCUGUCUGACUUUUCAUUUAGGUUUGUAUGUUGAGUAACAGUGUGACUUGGAAACCAAGAACAGGUCAUUGACAAGAUGUGUCUCCUGUCAGGUAGGAGCUAACAUGGAGCUCCUAUACCUCCCAACUCCAUAUGUUAUGAGGGCCUAUCUAAUAUAUAGAAAGGACUUAAAGUUGUGUAUGCUUUUUUUUAUAGUGUUCCUAGAUAUAAUUAAUGGAGCAUAACUAGUGAUUUCUGUGUAUCUUUCUCCUUGCAGGGUAAGUAAGCUCUUACUGUAGGUGUGACUGUAGAACUUUAUCCAGCCCAUUCAAAUGGCCUGUAUUAAAAAGCAUCUAUAUCCAGCUAUUUGUCACUUAAUAUCUACAGAUGUACAGCUCAAUAAUCAGAUGCAAGUCAGAAAUUUGCAUAACAAAAGUAUUUUAGAGGGGAAAGAAAACUAUUGCUCCAUUGCCUAGCCUUGUUCAUAAAUGCUCAUCUCCUCUGGAAGCUGUAAUAAUAGUGGUUUCAAGUGACUUUGAGGUGUUUUAUUCAGAUCGAUUGAUUUGUGACCAGAUGAGUAGUUAGAAAGUGUCUGAUAUUUAGCAGUAUAACCUAGGAGAUGGUUCUGAGUGAAUCUUCCAAAGUGAUGCCCAGAGAAGAAGAUGUUCUGUUCCUGGAUUUCUUGACUUGUUUCUCAGAGCCAUUUACUGUGACUACAAUUCAGAAAUUUCCAGUGUCUGAAAGGAGUGUGUAACAGCUGCCUAUUCUGCUUACUUCGGAAAGUGAUAUCAAACACAGGGUGUGAGUCUAAGGUAGAGCGAGUGAUUUGCUCUGCGUUCAUUUCUUGAUAACAUUGUGGAAGACAUGAACAUCUUGACAUGCAGAAGAACGGUGUCUCCCAGAUGGCAGUGUUAUACAAUGCCUUUUCUAAACACUUAUAUUUGAUUGGUAAUGCUUAUGUAUUUUGGAGAAUGAGUUUCUUAAAUGAGUUGAUGACAAUAGAUCCUAAAACUAAAGAAAACACGAAAUCACGAAGUGUAGUCAUGGUUUGUUAAAGCCUAAGUGUGGAGGUGGUGGUGCAGCCCUCUCUUAGGCCUUAGAGUGUGCUCGUUCCACUUUUGCAUAUUUAAUAAAAACUGUCU